GUGGUAGAUCACAUUUUCGCACAUGACCGUUACAGUUUCGACGUAAAGACUUAAAUAAAAAAAAUGGAUAAAUACGUUAAAGUCAGACAGAUAGGCGAAGGUGCCUUUGGUAAAGCAGUUCUAGUAAGACAAAAGCAGAACAACAAGCAGAUGGUCAUCAAAGAGAUUAACAUUGCAAAGAUGAAUUCAAAGGAAAGAGAAGAGGCCAGAAAGGAGGUUGCUGUUUUGGCACAACUCCAUCAUCCCAAUAUUGUUGCCUAUCGAGAAUCUUUUGAAGAGAGAGGAUUACUAUAUAUUGUGAUGGACUUCUGUGAGAAAGGUGACCUUUAUUCCAAAAUUAAUUCUCAAAGAGGACUCCUUAUACCAGAAGAUCAGGUGCUAGAUAUGUUUGUACAGAUGUGUCUAGCCAUUAAACACAUCCAUGAUAGAAAGAUCCUUCAUCGAGACAUCAAGUCACAGAAUAUAUUUAUAACGGCUGAUGGACGUAUCAAAUUGGGUGAUUUUGGAAUUGCUAAAGUGCUAAACAGUACGGUGGAGCUAGCCAGGACUUGUAUAGGGACCCCUUACUACUUAUCUCCAGAGAUUUGUGAAAACCGUCCAUACAACAACAAAAGUGAUAUCUGGUCUUUAGGUUGUGUUCUCUACGAGAUGACAACACUAAAACAUGCUUAUGAAGCUGGAAACAUGAAGAAUUUGGUAUUAAAAAUAAUCAGAGGUUCCUACCCACCCAUACCACCAAAGUAUAGCUAUGAUCUGCGGGGGCUGAUAGCCAAGCUCUUUAAGAGAACUCCCAGGGACAGACCUUCAAUCAACUCUAUAUUGAAAACAAACUUUAUAAUGAAAAGAGUGACCAAGUUUCUCUCAGAAGAUGAAUUACAAGAUGAGUUUAGUCAUACAGUGAUGCAUGGUAAAAAGUUAGCCAGGAAGUUACCUCCCCCUCCUCCCUCCUCAAGACCCCCUUCAGCUGCUGGUGUGAGGAAGGCAGUGGGUCAGACUCCAGCAGCUCGUUACAAUCCAGCCAGUGUGUACGGGGCUCCAGUUGGAGGUCCUAGGAAGUCCAAGGAAAACAGGGGGUCUGUGGAUGUGAAGAAACGUCCAGGCAGUGCAGGUAGUGCAGGUCGUCCUGGCAGUGCUGGAGGACGUCCAGGCAGUGCCAGCCAGGAUUUGAAAAAGAAAAAAGAAGACUUAAUUUUAAAAGAGAAGAAAAGGAGAAUGGAAGAAAACAAGGCCGCUGCUGAGAAAAAGCACAAAGAAUUAUUGGAGAAACAAAAGAUGGCGAGAAUCAACAAGGCAAGGGAAGACAACUGGAAGAAUAUGAUUAAUUCUUUAGAUUCCGAUGAGGGAGCUAAGAAAGUUAACUGUGAUAAACAUGAUGCCAGAGAACCACCAAGACAGUCACGACCACUGCCUGAUCCUCCACAGAAUAUCGCUCAGAAAGAUCGAGGGAACUAUGAACGCUAUCAUGCCUACCUAGAUAAGAUACAGAAAAACAGAGACGCCCAACUAAAUAACAUAAGACCAGUGCAGCCAGCAGCAGCAUACAUGGUAGCCCCAAGGCCUCUACCAGGAGGACCUAAACAGUCCGUGCCCCACUGGCAGCGGCCAAGCUCUGGCCGCACCCCAGAGCCAACACCCAUAUGUCCUGACCCCAGGGCAGGUGGUGACAGACCAAAAACACCGGCAGAGGAGAGGGCGCGAAUAGUCGACGAGUUUGUGAUGAGAAAGAGGGAAGCUGCUCUAAACAGACAACGAGGAAAUGCAGACUUAUUCGGGAAUGCUGCUCCAGCUGCUGCGCCUGCUGCUGCCCCGCCCUAUGCUGUCCAGCGACCACGCCAGCCUCCCACACCAGCUAGACAUGAGCCAAGUGAUGGGGCUCUUGACAGUGCCAGAGAUAAGGAGGAAAAGGAAUACUUAGAGAAACUUAAACAGAUAAGGAUGCAGAACUUCCAGGAUAGACGGCAGAUACAGAACAAGCCCCAGGAUGCUAAAGCAGAAGCAGAAGCUAGGAGGAAGAAGGUUGAGGCUCUCCGACAACAAGCAGAUGAUAGGGCCAAACAGCUUAAGGAACAAUUAGAGCGACAGCGUAAGGAUAAAUAUGACCAGGCUAGACAGAAAGCGUCACGGCCAGUACCUGCCCCACGUCCAGUGAUCAACCCAGCGCCUGCUGUAGCGAUGACCGCUGCUCUGAAGGCUGUCGGGGUCGAGCCAAAGGAACUGCCCAAACCUGUGCAGACACCAGCUGUAGGAAUGACUGGUGCCCUGAAGGCCAUAGGAGUGGUGAAUGAUGAACCCCCACCAGUAGAUUCCAAGAGUCCCCUGAAGCAACAAAAGGAAGAAAUUCUUCGUCGUUUAAACGAGAAGGUAACCCCACGGGGUAAAUGGGGAGCCCCAGCAGAGAUUGCUGUGGAGGAAGAGGUACAAAAUCCUCCCGAGUCUUCUCGGUCCCGAUGGAAAGAAGGGCCAAGUGAUCAAGUGUCGAUUAAGGAAAUGCCUCUGGAACAGACAGCCUCACAAAUGGAAGCAACAAGUAUACAGGACAAAGUCAUACAGCAUCCAGCUGCGGAGGCUGAUGUGGCAGCUGAUGUAGCAGCUGCUGUUUCUAGGCAGCAGUGGGGUCGUCCGGGCAGCACUGUGUUGAACGCUUUGAAGGAGAUCCCAAUAAAGGAAGGCACUAUGGACAGUAAUAAAUCAGAUGAUAGUGUCCCCUCGUCUACAGAAGGGGACAGUACACCUGCCAAGGGGUCCACUAUCACACUUACACCUAAACCUGUCAUCAACAAAGGCACUAUUACUAUAGGAGCUGCUGAUGAGGCCAAACAAAGCAAAGAGAAAUUUCUCAAGAGACCAGACAUAUCACAGCCAAUAUCUGAGGAAUCCAACGUUUCACAGAAUAAAGAUUCCAAUUCCACACCAGCUAGGGUGGAGGUUUCAUCAUCGGCUAAACCUCCCCUCCCCAACAAACCAGACUUGCAUUCAAAGUUUGUGGCCACUCCAAAACCACAGCAGGACAUCUUACCCACACCAGUGAUUCUAGCAAAGCCUGACACGCCCAUGAACUUUGGUCAGACUGACCAGAUACCCAAGGCAGUUGACCUGUCUAGUGAGGGAAAACUGUUUGAGAAGGCUGAAGAAAAGAGUGGGGCAAAAGAGGUUCCAAAGCAAGAAAAUUUAGAGGCCAAGGGUCAAAGCAAUUUAUCACCAAGUGAGAAGAGAAGCUCAGGUGUGAUACUUGGUCUUACAAGUGGACAGUUUGACAUAGGAAAUGCACAUAUGUUACGCACCUGCUCUGAGCCAGAUUUGGCAAAGCUGUUCAAGACAUUGGAACAAUCAUCACAGAACACUGAUAAUCCCCAAAGGGUCAGUCUGGACCUGGAGAAACAAAGAGAACAGGUUGAUCCACAAGUUGGCCUUUUGGACAAUGUAGAGCUGGACUUAGAAGAAGAAGACAUCAACAUUGUAGAUGAUGAUGAAUACGAGGAACUACUCAGUGUAAGAGAGACAAUGCAGAGUCUACUUAUACGAGAGUACAGCACUGAUGAAGAAUCACAACACAGCACCAGCCAUCUUAGUGUGGCCAGCAACAUCGAAGAUAAGAUCGAUGAGGAAGAGGACAUGGCAGAGGUAAAGGAAGAUGACAAGGAGGCAGCACAUGUCAGUGAUGAUAGUGAUAACGAGGAUGCUGAGGAGGACAGAGAACAAGAGGAUGAUAAUGAUGUGGAAAACCAAGAGGAAAAUGCUGAGGAAGAGGAAAAUACAGAAGAGGUCGAAGAUCAGGAUGAUGAGGAACUAUUAGAUGACAAAUCAGAUCUGUUUCAGUCAGAUGAGAGUGAUGCGGACACACAGUUUGGAGACGACGAUGAUGACUUUGAUCUGUUCAGCAGACUAGAGGAGUCAAGAGCUGAGCUAGAGAACCAGUUAGGCUGUGACAGGUUCCUCAAAGUUUACAAGACGGUACAAGCUCUUCAAGAAGAUGAAGAUGAGAAUAUGGAAGACGGUGUGGCCAUUGUGACAAAGAUGCUUGGUAAAGACAAAGAGCAUCUUUACCCUAAAAUAUUUCAACUGGUCAUGGCUGACUCAGCAUUCACAGAAGAUAACUGAUGUUUAGGACCUUGAAAACUUUCCUGUUGAACGUCCACUGAAGGGGUCAUUUGAAAACAGAUGGUGGAUUUAUACCGAACGACUGGACUGUGACCCGAGUACAAAUAUUACUGCUGAAACACUCAAAAGAAAACCUGUUUGUAUACCAUUAAAAAAACAAAAUGCCUGGUACAAAUUUAUUAAUAUUAUUCCGGGGAUCAGGGUUUAUUUUUCUUUUGGACACCAGGUCAAAUGUCUUCUACCAUUGUGGUUGUAGGGAUACUAGGGUUCACUAUAUUACCAUAUAUAUCCUGUGGUAAUCCCAGGCAGACAACAUGUAAACUUGACUCAAGAUAGAAAGUUUACCUCAUUACAAGUCACUGAUGUAUCACAUUGGUUGGUACUUGUACUAAAACAUCAAUAAAUGUGAGUGGGCUUAUUGCCAAGCAUCUGCUUAUUGUCAAAUUAAUACAUUUGUAGAAAUAAGCAUAAAUAAUCUUGUCAUUAUGUGAGAAAAUGUUUCUACUGUGGAGAGAAUAGAGAUGAUUUGAUGAUUUCAAAAUAAUUAACACUCUCAGUAUCAUUAGAUGUCCUAAAUUUGUCAUGAAAAUCCAAAGUUAUUUAAUAUUUAAUGUUUGUAAAAAAAAAGCUGUGAUUUUGAAAUGGAACUCCAUUAUAUGAACCUGUCAUGACCGAGAUAGUUAAUAACAUUCAUUAUAAUUUCUCCUGAAUAAUUAAAAACUGAUAUUUUUAUUGCCGCUUAAUUAUAUUCAUAAGUUGAUAAUCUUAUGACAAAAUUCUAAAAAGAUUAAAAUUCUUCUGGGCAAAUAGUUGGAAGAGAAAUUAGUUAGGUAAAUUGUCUCCAAAUGUGAAUGUGGUAGAUAUAAAUUCAAUAAUCAAUUGACUUUUCACGUUUUACAGUGAACAUUGUAUACCUGGUGUUGUGUAAUAGGUAGGAUCGGUUAUUUCAACAAUGACUUUGUUGGUAGUAGAAUUCUUAUGAAAAGUAUAUACAGGUGUUUACCAUCGAGUGUUGAACAGCUUGAGAUUGUCAAACACAUAUACAGUGUUAAUGCUUUAACCAUAAUGAACUUGAUAGAUUUAAUCAACUAGAUAGUGAAAUACAUGUUAAUUUAAAAGAGUGUGAAUUUUGAUGUCAUAAGCUGUCAGAGUUUACAUAAUGCCUUAAUAUGCCGCCUAGGGAAUGCCAUAUACACACAUCUUGUGUAAAAUUGCCAGUUUAGUCACUGACUUUGUACAAUACAGUGGCUAGUUAACGAGGUUGUUUCAGUUUAGUCACUGACUUUGUACAAUACAGUGGCUAGUUAAUGAGGUUGUUUCAGUUUAGUCACUGACUUUGUACAAUACAAUGGCUAGUUAACGAGAUUGUUUAUUUGUUGAAAAGUAAAUAGCUGAUUUAUCAGGCUAUUUCAUUAUAACUAGUAAAAGUAGCAAAUAUGUUGUGAUGUUGGCAUUUUCGAAUUGUUAUUCUGUCACUGUUGGAUAGAAAUAGGUUUUGUGUGAAAUGUCUGCGCUUUUCACAGGGUGUAUAUAAUACAGAGGUAUAUUCAGUACGUACAGAUCUAGAAACCAACAUUAGAGCUUGUCUUUCACUUAAAGUAUAUAUACAUCAAUAUUAGAUUUAAUACAAGUAUAAACUUGUGUAGACAAAUACAUUCCAUUCUGUAUGAAUUGCCUGAUAGAAACAAAGUUGUGAUGCCUUUCAUUUAAAAUGGAAAAUAUGUUGCUGACAGAAUGUGAUAAGAAGUGUUUAUAACUGUAAUGACUUUUAAUUGCGACGUAUAAAUAGAUAUAUAUAUAAUAUAAACCUGUGGUAUAGAUUAGAUUUUGUGUUGUCAGCAUCAAUAUCAAGAUUUAUUGAUAUUUUGGAAUGGAUUGAAAUAUUGAUUAGAAUACAUACAAGAUUGAAGUGUGAAAAUACAUAUACUUAUUGAUGGUAAGAUUGAUUUCGGUUAUGUUCCAGUGUCUCUUACUGUUGAGAUUUUCUUACAUUAACCAUUUACAUAGAUUGAAAGAAUUUAAAUUUGUUUGAAGGAAAGGUAAUUAUGCAAUUUUUUUCUAUAAAUUGCUGAAUUUGUACAUUGUUAUGUUUAUUCAUAGAUACAUACAGCCAUCAGUACAAUCAUACACAGAACAAAAAAUAAAAAUUCCAUUUUUGUCAAAUAUUGUUUCAUUUACACGUAAUAUGUUCCAAUUCAAAUUAUCUUUGCAACCUCAUGACCUUGUGAUCAAAUGUUAAUUAAUCCUGAUUGACUGAUCAUUGUUUAUUUACUGUACAGAGAUAAGUUUGUUAUUGUCUUUACCAAACCACAGUAAUAGUUUUGUUUUCCGUCCCAUCGUUUCAGAUGUAUGACAUUGUUUUUUUGUCAACAUUUCAUACAAUGUGUGAGUUUAAUUUCACAUUUUCUUUGUUUAUUUUUUUCCACCAUUUUGUUCCGUCCACCAUUUGUCCAGAUAUUCAGUAUCAGUCACGCAGUCUACUGGACAAACUUUCAGUAACACAUGGUUUCAUAGGAUUUCAUGAUCAGAUAUUGCCUUAGCCUAAAGUUAUAAGUGCUCCUUAUCAAGUUUAAAACCAUAUUUUGAAUAAUUUAUGAAAUUUCAAUGUAACAUGUCAUAAUGCUAUGGAAGAUGAUCAACUUCUGUAGUUUUUGCCUAGACUGGGACAUCAUCAAGAAGUGUAUAAAUUAUAAAUUGUGUUUUAUACUAUUUCUAGCUUUCUUUGAGAAGCACUUUUUAAGUACUUGGUUUUGUUUGCAUAUGCAAUACUGUAGAUAGUAAUUUUUGCCAGAGGAACUUUUUUUUUGUUAAAAUAAGUAAUUGAUCAGUAUUGACACAAUAAAACCCAUAAUCUCAUUAUUUUUUUUGACAAUUUCAUUUUCUAACAAUCAAAUUUGAUCAAUUUUUUUUGGGUAUUAAUGAUGACAAAGGUAUUAUGACUUAUAGAAAUAUAAGCAAUGCAGAAAAUUGAAAAAAAACCACCAACAUUUGGUGAAUGACUAACUGUUAUAGACAAUAAAGAACGUUUAACAUUAGUCUGGGCCUGGUGAUUCGCAGGAAGUUUUACACAUCUUACAGACUAGUUUGACCGUUUUAUCCUUGUCUAAUCUUUCAGAUGAAACAAAACUGUAUCUACCAACUGAUUCAAUGCAUCUAGAGGCUGAUAAAGACCAUUUCUAUUGUGCUAUGUAACGUUUGGAGUAAUAGUAGUAGGUGCUAUCACCCUCUAGUCUACAGAUUUUGGAGUUAUACAGGUAGUUAUCAUUACUUGUGACAUUAUUUUUCCGGUGGAAGCAAGUGAGUGUAACCUUCUAUGUAUAUAUUUUAUAUAAAAUGAUGAAGAUUUCAACAUCCUGUACAUCAAGAGGUUGGGAUUCUUUAAUGACCAUUUCUGUUUUAAUUUCCGUCCGUUAUUUUCUUUUUGAAGUAAGUCCAGGAAUUCCUUAUUUGCUUGUAUGUAAUUGUUUUGUUAUCAUCACACAGUAUUAUAAAUGUAUCGAGUGCUUGUAUCACUGAUGUUUGUUUUGUGGUCGGCAAUUUUCUCUUUUGAUUUACAACCAAAACUGACAAGAGCCAAAUUACGAUCGUGUUAAAAGCAGUUCUAUUCAACUUUUAGAAAUUGCUGUUAAGUAAGAAAUGGGACCAAUAUUGAGAACAGUUCUGUACAUCAAUACACCCCGCUGACAUCACACUGCAUUUUAUUUCGGUUGUGUUUUGUUAUCCUCACUACCCUUCCAUACCCCCUGUAUGUGAUCAUGUAUUUGGUUUGUUUGAAAAUUGAGCUCCCUAGCAACCAAGUUUAAAUACUUGCUACAUAAAUAUUCUCAGUUUCUGUCCAUACAACAAAGAAUAUCAUUAGACAUUACAUAUACAUAUAAAAUAUAGACAGUCUUGUUCUCCACACCUCACAUCAGUCAACCAUCUUGUUUUAUGUGACUUGUCAUUUUGAAUAAAUCAAAUGAUCACAGA